UUGAACUGAUUUUCAGCAAAAGCUAGCCACAAGAGAGGGUGUUGUUAUAGAUAGAAGCCAGGAUAUUGCUGGCCUGCAAGAGUUCUAUAAGGCUUAUAGAGAAAAGAACAAUGUAGACAAUCUACGUGAAGAAGAAAUGAAAGUGAGGGAAUCUGGUGUUUUUAGUGGUAGCCUUGGGGAGUUGGAGCGGAAAACUGUUAAGAGGAAAAGAGUUUAUGGGACCCUAAGAGUUUUGGGAAUGGUAUUGGAGCAGUUAACAAAGGACAUCCCUGAAGAGGUUAGUUAUGUUGUCUUCUUCUGUCAAUUUCUUUGGUUUUCCUAUUAUUUCUAAGCCUCCAUCCAAGAAUGACUUUAACUUUAUCCUUGACUAAGCUAAGAGGAAAUUGGCUGGGUGGAAGGCUAAAUUCCUCACUCCUGCAGGCCAUAUCACCCUCAUUAACUUAACUCUUUCUGCCCUUCUAUCUCACAUCAUGCAAUGUUGCCUCCUCCCAAUUAGUACCUCCAAAGCUCUUGACAAACUCUCCCGUGAUUUCCUAUGGCAAAAUGACCCUUCCAAGUGCAAAAUGCAUCUUGUUAGCUGGAAAACUGUUUGUAAAAAAAAAAAUAGAGGGAGGUUUGGGUCUUCGAUGAUGUCGGGACUUAAACAUUGCAUAUAUGACUAAGCUUGUUUGGAGAUUUAGGACCUCACACUCAGCACCUUGGUCUGAUCUUUUAUGAGCUCGUUAUGGACCUUCCCCCUCUGCCAAGUCCUCUCACAUUUGGAUAUCAAUGAUCAAGUGCUGGCAUUUUUUUAGUCAAGGGAUUCGAUGGACCCCCAAUGAUGGUAAGUCAAUCAAUUUUCUUUUUGAUGACUGCUUGCCAUCAGGGCCACUCAGUACAGCCAUUCAUGGACCCCACUCACUGCAAGAUUAUUUCCUCUUGGUUGCUGAUGCUACUCCUUCCUCACCUCCUUCGGUGAGCUGCACGUCCAGCUCCCUCCAUUACUUGACAGAACCAUCCAAACCACCCUUUUACUAUCUAGCCAAAAUACCUCAGACACCUUUCAUUGGAAACUCACCCCUAAUGGAAGCUUUUCCUUAAGCUUUGCCUAUUCCAUGAUCGCUAAUACUGAGCCUAAUUCCAACUGGGAUUGGCUUGGAAGGUUAAAACACUUCCCAAGAUCUCUUUCUUCAUUUGGCUUCUUGCCCACAACUCAAUUCCAACAAGAGCUACCUUUGCUACUAGAGGCCUUCAAAUUCCUAAUACUUGCCCAAGAUGCUCAUCCCUUGAAACCCCAAUACACGCUCUUCGCGACUGUCCCUUCAUCCUUUCCUUUUGGCAAUCUACCCAUUUUCCCGGUACUCUCCGAUCUUCUUUUUCACUCUCACUCCUUGAGUGGAUCAAGAUCAACUGUUCUUCGAAACUCUUUUUUUUCUGGCCCAACACUCUUGGUCAUUGGUUUUCUGCUUCCUUCUCUGGCAUAUAUGGCUUGAUCGUAACCAACUUUGUUUUAGAAAUACAUCUCAUAUUGGAUCUAUUCGGCAUAAAUAAUUAAGUCUUUCAGCUGAGUUUUGGAGCUCUAGGAAUCACACUGUCAAAAGGAUCUCUAGUGAUUUCAUUGCGAUCUACUAGACAAAACCACCCAUGAAUUUCAUCAAGAUCAAUACAGAUGGUUCGGCGCUUGGAAAUCCUAGACCAUCCGGCACUGGGGGUGUUCUACGUGGUGACUCAGUCCUUGGAUUGUGGGAUAUGCUCUUAAUCUAGGCAUAGGUACCAAUACAAAUGCAGAAUUCUAGGGAAUUAAACAAGGCCUUGAACUAGCUCUUGAAAGAGGAUUUAGGAGGAUUAUUCUUGAAUCUGAUUCCAUUUUUGCAGUGAACAGCUUGAAUAAUCAACAUUCUUGCAGGGUUCAUCUCCCCUUAUUUGAUUCUUGCAGAUCUUUUCUCAGUCUAUUUGAUGAAGUACAGAUAACUCAUGUUUACAGAGAAGGCAACCAAGUUGCAG